UCUGAUCAUUUUGGGAUGAGGUUGCCACAUCCCUGUAGUUCUGUUUUUUAUACGUUGGUCCUUUACCUCGGUCUGGGCGGCCAUAAUAUACGCUGUACUAACGGUCAUUUACAUAGCAACACGUCCAUCCAUCCUUCCAGGCUUGCUAAUAAGCUUUGCAGAAGCAUCCAGUGAAAUAUUUGCAUAAUAGCAGUUAGCUAACGUUAUCAAUCAUUAUUUUUUGUCCAGCCUCUGAAUAACGCUAGUUAAUAAGGGUGACUGCUGCAGCUGUCUGCCUCUAGCCUGUCUCUUUUUUAAGACAACCUCUACCCUUUUGCUGGCACUGCCUCCAAGAAGUACCUGCGCCUGAACUCAGAUCAGAUACACAGACUUGUGACCAAGUUUCUGCUGCUGGUGCUUCGGAUGUCCAAGUACAAACUCUUUCUGCUGAGGCAUGGGGAGGGGGCCUGGAACAAAGAGAACCGUUUCUGCAGCUGGGUCGACCAGAAGCUGAGCGAGGAUGGGGUGAAGGAGGCUCAGGACUGUGGUAGGCUGCUGAAGGAGCAGGGCUACAAGUUUGACUUAGUAUUCACCUCCAUACUCAGCCGCUCCAUCCAGACAGCAUGGCUGGUGCUGGAGGCUAUGGGUCAGGAGUGGGUCCCCGUGGUCAAGUCGUGGAGACUGAACGAGCGCCACUAUGGUUCCCUGAUUGGCCUGAACCGGGCAGAGAUGGCUCUACAACAUGGAGAGGAAAAGGUGAAGUUGUGGAGAAGGAGCUAUGACAUCACUCCACCUCCGAUUGAUGAAUCCCACCCUUACUUCCUGGAAAUCUACAAUGAUCGCAGAUACACCACUUGUGACGUGCCAAAGGAGAACCUUCCCCGAGCAGAGAGCCUGAAGGAGGUGUUGGACAGGCUGCUGCCAUACUGGGACAGCACUGUGGUGCCAGAGAUAAGGAAAGGCAGGACUGUGCUCAUCUCUGCUCAUGGAAACAGCUGCAGGGCUCUGCUGAAACACCUGGAAGGUAUAUCGGAUGAGGAUAUUGCCAGCGUGACUUUACCUACAGGAAUACCAGUGCUGCUUGAGCUGGAUGAAAACCUCAAGCCUGUGAAACCUCGACAGCUCUUGGGAGACCAGGUGAAGAUUCAGGCAGCAAUUAAAAAGGUGGAGGACCAGGGAAAAGCCAAACCAUCAACUUGAAUGCACUAAACUGCCUGUAAGACCCUGUAAGACUUAACAUAGCUCUGUUCUGGUUGCUUGUGCGCUGCACUUUUAUUAGAUACAGUUAAAACUCUUGAAAAGAGUCAAAUAACUCAUUAUAUAACAUCAAAACGAUUUAAAGGAUAGGUGUGAAGUUGCUGUAUGUGUAAUAGUAGCCUGACCUGGAUACAUGUGUGUGUCACAGGUCAGACUGGUACGACUGGUCCGACAGGGGCAGGAGAAAGUACUGUAAAUGUUUCAGCACUGUGUUGAGUUGUAUUAUGUGUAAGCACUUUGGAAGUGUUUGGUUUGUAUGUGAUGUUUAAGCUAAUUGUCCCUACUUAUGCCUGUAUGGUGACCCUAAAGUGGUUAAUUAUUUUUACUCAUUGACUCUACCUUACAAAUCUUGAAAUAUCCAGAGAGAAGAAAUCUCCUUUCUAGAAGAUGCUUUUCUGUUACAUUGAUAAGCUUUAGGAAUAUUCCCUUGUAUUUAAACAUGUGCCUUCAGUAUUAACACAGUGCUCAGCUACUUUUUAAAAGCUUAUUUUAAGUAGAGCAUCAAACAGGUCUUGUGGUGAUUUUAUUUAAGAAUUAUAGCAAAUCUUACCUCAUAGAAAUUGAUAGCCAGGCUGUUCAUUCCAAGAACGGGGUAAUUGUGAGCCACAGAAAUGCUGUAAAUAUGCAAAACCACUGAAAACCUCUACUGUCCCACGCAUAUGAGUUACUCAUACUUUUAAAUAAGUAAGACUGCUGAAGUUGUUUUUCUAUGAGGUUUAUGCAGUGCAUUAACUCUGACACAAAAUAGGCUGAGUUUAAAAAGCUGUGGCUAACAAACAUGCCUGUUUGGUGUGAUAACUGGUUUAUACUUUGCACUUCUUAGGGGAUAUUAUGAGGAUAUUUCUUUGUUAAAUGCAACAACUGUGAAUGGUAAAUAUUCAUUAUUUUGGAUAAAUAUGGGGGAAAAAAUAGCGUUGAAUUGUAAAAUACAAGCACUAUUUUGGUUUUCAUUUUAAAAUCUAAAUUAUUAUCACACAUGUGCAAUUUCAUGUUGCUUAUAUAAUGUUAAUAACAUGUGAAAAGCCACUCUUGAGUCUGCACAUUAUGUCUUAUAGCAGCACUACCUUAAUUGUCAUCUUGUGUUUCUACUUCGGUUGCUACUUCAUUGUAUGUUGUAUUGUGUCUCUUAUUUGUCGAUGUACAGCACUGAGCAUCAUUUGUGUCUCCUGUUUUCUUAGUUUGUUGUUUCUCUGCCACUGUUAUUUUUUACACUGGUUUGUUAGGUCAACAGGGGGAAAGAGAUAAGUUAAGAACAUGCACUUGUAGAUACUAAAGAGUAGAACACAAUGAUAUAUUUGUAAUUUCAUGUCAGAUGAUUUAAUGUCUUCCCUGCUGUUCUCACCCUACCAUAUGAGAGUGCAUGGUGAAAUAAAAGGGAAUUAAAAUGUUCUAAAAGA